UCUCUCUCUUAAUAGCCGUUGCAAAAUCAAAUUUUUAAUUCUGCAAAGUACACAAAACCCCAAGAGGAAACUACAAAAACUAUUAAUCAAUCAAAGAUCUCUCUCUGCUCUCUGCCUCCAAACCAAAACACAGCAAGAAACACAUCCAAAACCUUAAAAUUUUUCAACAAUGGCAGAGAUUAACGGCUCUCUGCGACAAACCCAUCCAGAAAAUCCCACACUCCAAACUUUCUUUCAUGCCCUCGACCCCAUAUCUCUCGUCCUCUCUCAGAAUUCAAACUCCAACCAACCCGUCCCUCUCAGACUCACCACAGAGAGCUUUAUCAUGGAGAGAGGACCCAGAUACGGAGCAUACGCUGAAUUGAGAGAAUCAAAGCUGAGAAUGAGGCAAAUAAAGGAACAAGAACCUGAAGUAUAUGAACCAAAGCUGACCCCACCAAAGAAACAGGUAAAAUUUCAAGCUAAUUUGGUGUCUAGGCCUAAAGGGUCCUCUGUUCUUGCACAGUCGGUACCGGAUUUCUCUGCUACAUUGCGGAAAGAGAACCGGAAGCCGGUGAGUAUGCUUCCUCCAAUGCUGGAGAUGACUCCUCCGGCAAAGAAUGGAUCCAGAGUUAAUGGGAUUUUGUCGAAUUCGAGAGGGAGCAAGUCUGCGAAUGGAGGGGAGAAGAGGGGUGUUGGUGGUGGAUUGAUGGCAAGGAAGAGUUAUGCAAGUGUUGAGGAAUUGAAGGGGCUGUCUUCAGCCGCGGCCAAUGCCAUCAAUGGUGAAAACAGGGGAGGGAGGAAUGGCAGAUUGGUGGGGAAGACUGUGUUGGGGUACAGACAGUUUUGAAUGUGGUGGUGGUUUUACAUACGAUUUGUCUUUAAUUUUUUCAUUUUCUCUUUUUACUUGUUCUUACUUGAUUGAAUUUGAAUUUGUUUCACGAGUUUUUAGAGUAAUUUUUCAUUGCUUUUCCUAAGAGAUAUUGAAAUGUGAAGAUGAAUUUGUUUUCUAUUUUUGUCUCUAUUGGUUCAGAAGAGUGCAAAGCUCUGGAUGUAACCAUGAGAUGUUAUUGUAAUAUACUGAAGGGGGGUCUGUUCCUCCGUAAAUGAGUUUGGAGAUUUGAGAA